CACCAUUUAACUGACAAUACCAGCUCAGACUUUCAGACGCAGUGGCAUUUCCGUUAUUUACCCACGCGCUGUGUCGUUUAUUCAACCUGCAUGCGUUCCACACAAUCAAUCCCCUUCCCCUGCACCCUAUUCACUUCUCCUUCAUCACACUCGCAACAACACAUACAUCUACGGAAAACUCUUCAACCCAGCUUAAACCUUCUUCACCGUUUCCCUCUUCGCUCUUGACAGAAACCGCCGUCGCUCGCCGCCAAUCAUCACGAGGAUUGCGGUUGCUUAGUUUUUUGUUUGCUUUUUUUCCUUCAUUCCAUGCGUUUUCCGUGUUCUGCCGCCGCCGUAAGCUGCCUCGCGUGAGGGAUGGGUUGCGUGCUCGGGACGCCGGCGCGUGCCGGAGUUCAGCGCCGUCGCCGGAGGGAGCAGCGGGAAGUUGCUACCGGAGAAGUUAAUAAUGCCGUUAGGGUUCGAGAUAAGGAAAGGCACCUGCAUACCGGCGAUUUUCCGGGGACUCUUCCGGCGCUGGAGCGCCGGAAACCUAUACUCGACCCGUGCGCUGUCACGCAGCAGGGAUGGCCGUCGUGGUUGAUGGCCGUCGCCGGCGAAGCAAUCGGCGAUUGGACUCCUCGUCGAGCCAACACUUUCGAGAAGCUUGCUAAGAUUGGACAAGGGACCUAUAGUAACGUGUAUAAGGCUAGGGACCUUGUUACGGGGAAGAUUGUGGCAUUGAAGAAAGUGAGAUUUGAUAAUUUGGAGCCGGAGAGUGUGAAGUUCAUGGCAAGAGAGAUACUUGUUUUGAGGAGGCUUGAUCACCCCAAUGUGGUGAAGCUUGAGGGUUUGGUUACUUCUAGAAUGUCGUGCAGUUUAUAUUUAGUGUUUGAGUAUAUGGAGCAUGAUCUCGCAGGGCUUGCGGCUGGCCAAGGGGUCAAGUUCACUGAACCUCAGGUUAAAUGCUUUAUGAAGCAAUUACUCUCUGGUCUUGAGCAUUGCCACAGUCGAGGCGUGUUGCACCGUGAUAUCAAGGGUUCCAACCUGCUUAUAGACAAUGAAGGAAUCCUUAGAAUUGCAGAUUUUGGACUGGCAACUUUUUUUGAUCCCAAGAUAAAACAGGCAAUGACAAGUAGAGUGGUGACCCUUUGGUAUCGUCCUCCCGAGCUUCUUCUUGGAGCUACAUUAUAUGGUGUGGGUAUUGACCUUUGGAGUGCUGGCUGCAUCUUGGCAGAGCUGCUUUCUGGAAAGCCAAUAAUGCCUGGCCGAACAGAGGUAUUGCUCUUCAACUUGUUUACAGGUUCUGUUCUCUAAACUUCAGAUUUUUGUAUACUCAUUGCGAUGCUUCUAAUCUGUUUAUAAAUAUUUUAAGUACCCACCAGUAGUUUGUAAUCCAUCUUGCUCCUUUCCCAGAGUCGCUUUUGAGGCUUUGUGUACAGGAAGCAUCUUUCUUUACUGGAAAAUUUAUUGGGAAGUUCUCUUAGACACACCCAAGUUGGAGAAAGAUAGAGGGUUUGCGUUUGACAGUGUCAUCAACUUUUAGCUUGUUUGGUGAUGGCAGUAAUCUACCAUCUUGAUGGAGCAGAUAUAGAAUAUCAACUAAAA